CUCUAUUUAUACUUCCUUCCCCUGCUUUCAACUGAGGCAGCUCUGUUUUUCACCGUAAACAAAACUCAAACUACUUUUUUUUUUCUUCUUCUUCUUCUUCUUCUUCUUCGUUUUCAACAAUGGAAAACAAUGUCAAAGCUGUAAUAUCUCCAAUCUCAGUUUCAACCCCAUUUUCUUACUCUCCAUCUUCUUCCUCUUCUUCAGGUUUUCCUUCCCCUAACUCUCAGUCUUCUCCUAAUAAUUCUCAUCAACUCCCACCACCUCCACCACCACCAACUGCUUCUUCUCCUCCUCUGGUUGUUGUCAGCCCUUGUGCUGCCUGCAAAAUCCUCCGCCGCCGCUGCGUCGAAAAGUGUAUCUUAGCCCCUUAUUUCCCUCCAUCCGAACCUUACAAAUUCACCAUUGCUCAUAGAGUCUUUGGAGCUAGCAACAUCAUCAAGUCCUUGCAGGAACUACCAGAGUCCCAAAGAGCAGAUGCAGUGAGUAGCAUGGUUUAUGAGGCCAGUGCUCGGAUUCGGGACCCGGUAUACGGCUGUGCCGGAGCAAUCUGCCAGCUUCAAAAACAAGUCAGUGACCUCCAAGCACAACUGGCCAAGGCACAAGCUGAGAUUGUGACCAUGCAGUGCCAACAAGCCAAUUUAUUAGCCUUAAUCUGCAUGGAAAUGAAACAAUCCAAAGAACCCAUGUCUCAGCAGCAACUUCACAGCAUUGACACCAGCUGUUUUCUAGAUGACAGCAAUCUUGCUCAAGCCUGGGAGCCACUUUGGACAUGAAGAAGAAUAGUCAGAGAGAUCAUAAAUAUUAAGGAGAAAACAAAAAUUAAAUUAAAAAAUAUAUCUUUAUAGUUAGAAAAUUUUCAAUAAAGUGAUUAGUUAUGGUAGAUAUAUGUUCCCAAUGCUUUUUAAUCAAUCUUGUUGACCAAAGGGAACCUUAGGCAAUUGAUUUCAGAUUUAGGGGUGUUUGUGCUGAAAACUGACUCCGAGAAAGGCCCAAGAUUGGUUUGGUGUUUGCGGUCUGCUCAAGUCAGUGUUUGAGGGAUAAUAGGUUUUUUUUAAUAAUUUAUAAUUUGUUACAAUGGAAAAAAGAAGAAGAAAAGGAAUAGGAAAAGAGGGGAAAAGGAAUAGGCAAUUAGGCAUGACUGUCUUUAUCCCCGAGUCUGCUAA